UUAACACAAUGCUCCAAAAUAAUAAUUAAGGUCGAGAGGAAGAUCAGGGGUUGAUUAAUUGGCAAAUAAUUAAGAAAUUUCUCACAUGUGCUGCUUGUAGCCAUUAUUCCAAUAGCUUGAAGUACGCUUGCCGCAAGUACUGGUUCGACCGAGCGAUGGACUUCUGGCUUGAUGUUAAAUGUGCUAAUUUUCUAGAGUCUGCGAUAGAAAAGACGGAGGAGCAAUUUAGGACUCAUUUUGGCCACCAGCAUCCAUUGGAGCUUCUCGACAACCUGCCUACCGAUCCUAUUUUCUGCUGCGUAUGUGGAAAAUACCCCUCGGAUCCAACCUACGGUUGUCUCGAAUGUCAUUUUUUUGUCCAUCGAUCGUGUUUUGAACGGAGCUGGCCGGAGGAGAUACAACAUUUCUAUCAUCCCUGUCUUCUCACCCUUUCUGAAAAUUGUAUACCGAACACAUUUUGCAGAGCUUGUAGACUACUCUUGCCUCAAGGGACCGCCUUCUAUGGCUGCAAACGGUGCAAUUUUGUGAUGGAUGUUGGUUGCACUUUUUUGGCCUCUACUGAAUAUGCAGGUAAUCAAGAACAGGUUGGUCAUUUCCUCCAUGGACAUCCAUUGUCACUCUCCAAGAUCGAGGAAAGUAACCAAAUUGAUUGCUACUUAUGUGAGAAACCCUGCAAUGGUACUGCCUAUGGUUGUGGCAAAAGUGGCUGUGAGGAUGUUUACUUUCACAAAUCAUGCGUUGAUGAAACGCAGCAAGAGAUCUUAAGUAUCCGUCACACUCAACACCCUCUCACCUUGCUUGAUCAUCAUUUAACACCGUCACGAUGCAAUUCCUGUCACGGGUUUAUUGAACGGUUCACUCACUUCUAUCAGUGCGCCAUAUGCAACUUCAACUUGCACUGGAAAUGUAAUGUAAAGGCUGCCACAGAAUACGAGGGUCACAAUCACCCUCUAAUAUUAUGGGAGAAUAUAGAUAAUUACUAUGGUCUUAAAUGUGAUAAAUUUCAAAUUACGACUACAAUAAAAGAGACGGAGGAGCAAUUUAGGACUCAUUUUGGCCACUAUUAUCCAUUGGUGCUUCUCGACAUCCUGCCUACCGAUCCUAUUUUCUGCUGCGUAUGUGGAAAGUACCCCUCGGAUCCAACCUACGGUUGUCUCCAAUGUCAUUUUUUUAUCCAUGGAUCGUGUUUUGAACGGAGCUGGCCGAAGGAGAUACAACAUUUCUAUCAUCCCUGUCUUCUCACCCUUUAUAAAGAUUGUAUGCCGACGAUUCGUUGCGGAGCUUGUAGACGACACUUGCCUCUAGGGGCCGCCAUCUAUGGCUGCAAACCGUGCAAAUUUUUUAUGGAUGUUGGUUGCACUUUUUUGGCCUCUACCGAAUAUGCAGGUAAUCAAGAACAGAUUGGUCAUUUCGUCCAUGGACAUCCAUUAUCACUCUCCAAGAUCGAGGAAAGUAACCAAAUUGAUUGCUACUUAUGUAAAAAACCCUGCAAUGGUACUACCUAUGGUUGUGGCAGAAGUAGCUGUAAGGAUGUUUACUUUCACGAAUCAUGCCUUGAUGAAACGCGGCAAAAGAUCUACAAUAUCCAUCACCCUCAACACCCUCUCACCUUGCUUGACCAUCAUAUAAUAUCGUCACGAUGCAAUUCCUGUCGCGAGUUUAUUAAAGACUUCACUCAUGUCUAUGGGUGCGACAAGUGCGACUUCAACUUGCACUGGAAAUGCAAUGUAAAGGCUGCCAUAGAAUACGAGGGUCACAAUCACCGUCUACAAUUCGGGACCAAUAUAGGUAACUAUAGUGUUCUGUGCAGGGCUUGCAGUUCCACCAUUGAAUGCAAAUCACAUGUCAUCAGAUGUCUCUCUUGUAAAGAUUUCAAUCUUCAUCUUGAAUGCGGUCCAUUACCAUAUAGAAUUAAAGAUAAAUGUCACAUAGAUUCUCUCACUCUCACGAACUCUCUUGGUGAACAUGAAGAUGAGACAGACGAUGAAUUCUACUGUGAUGCUUGUGAGAACAAAAGAGAUCCACGAUUGCCCACUUACCAGUGCCAAGAAUGUCAAUAUGUGGCUGAGUUAAAAUGCGUCAUAUCUGAGGUAAUAUCAACUUUAGCGGGAGAGUAUGGAGAUGCAGAGCUGAGAAGUCCUCUUGGACAAUUAGGUAGGGUACUACUGAUUAAUCCCAAAGAUGCAAAACAUAUGAUUCAAAAUAAAGAAGACCAACUACUCCAGCCAUUGCCAGCUUCAAGAAGUUUAAGUGAUAUUUUAGAUUCGCUGAGUGAAGCUGAGAAAAAGGAAUUAUUGUCUAGUGGUUUACAGAUCAGAGGAAGUGAAAUAGUUACUGGUAAUCCUUUUGACGACGAGAAAAUUUUACAAUUUUCUGACGAGUCAUACUCACAUUUUAUGAAAUUUCUUCAUCAUGGCGAAAGCUUUUAUGAAGAAUUUCAACUCGAUGGGAAUAUUCACAAGUACUAUUCCUUCAAGUUGGAUUUGGACGACAAGGUUGUAUAUGUUGGAGAUCAUAUGGUUACUCGGAAGUAUGCCUCUAUCAUCAGGAGCUUGCUUUCUAAGCAUGGAGAUGUUAGUGUUGGGUCCAGUACCUCAAGUCCAGAACUCAAAAUGUGUUUCUUUCACGUACUAUGUGAGUGUAUAUAUAGCAUGAGCAACACAAGUGUUGUGGAAAUUACCGAUGAUAAGCUUGUUAAGUGGUGGAGAAGCUUGAUAAUCUUGCAGUCUGCAGGAUUUAGAAUUGAAUUUGCCUUUGAUCGUUUGAAGAGAGUCGCACAUGCUCACUUUGGUGCUUAUGUCAGAAAGCUAGUCGACAAAACUCGUCAGGAACUCGACCGAGAUAUUGAGGCACUCACCGAGAAACGCAAGCGCAUAAUAGUUGCAGAAUCUGCAAAAUCCAGCUUAGUAGUGGAAUGCUUGAGAGAAGCUGAAGUAUUGAAGCAGAGCAAAGCGGGUAGUAGACUGUUAUAAACUUCAAAUUAGGGUGCUAAUUGUCUAUUGGCAUGCUGGUGUAUAUGGUCACAACAUAUAUAAAUAGGAAGAGGAUGGCUCGUGGAGAAGAAAUCAUUUUGUUUGAUCUGUUCACUCAAUUUGUGACCAUAACUGUCAGAAGUAAAUUCAGUUGUUAAAGGCAUGAUUCAGAUUGAAGUCCUUCCAGAGCUGCUACUUGUCUUCAACAAUAAUUCGAAUCUUGUGUAAGAACCAUAUGUUCUAGUAGUACUAUUUAUUUCUUUAUCAAAAUGGGCAUGCAAGGCAUGAUGUUGCCAUCAACGACUAAA